ACAUGCAAAUGGUGAUCCUUGUACCUCCUCUGGCCCUUGUGAUGCAUGAAGCAGCAGAUCUUGUAGAAAGAUGGUCUGUCAUCAUUGGUAAUCAAGGAACAUUUAGGACACUGGAGUCAAGGUCUAAAGAGUGCCAUGCAAGAUCCUAAAGUGCAGGUUUAUAAGGAUGAGAAGGCUGUAGUCAUCAAGGAUAAAUACCCCAAAGCACGUUACCACUGGCUUAUUUUACCGUGGGACUCCAUUUCGAGCCUCAAAUCAGUCACCAGAGAGCACCUCGGACUCCUGGAACAUAUGCAUGCAGUGGGGCAGAAAAUGAUUCAGCAGUGCCCUGCCAAAGAAAGCCUGGAGUUCCGGCUGGGUUACCACGCCAUUCCCAGCAUGAGUCAGCUGCAUUUGCACGUCAUCAGCCAAGAUUUUGAUUCUCCUGCUCUGAAAACCAAAAAGCAUUGGAACUCCUUUACCACGGAAUACUUCCUAAACUCCGAAGAUGUGAUAGAGAUGGUACGAAGCAAGGGAAAAGUAACGGUGAAUGAUCAUGCCUCUGAACUUCUCAAGUUGCCCCUCAGAUGCCAUCUCUGCAAACAACAGCUAUCCACUAUCCCACAGCUAAAGGAACAUCUCAAGAAACACUGGACAAAAUGACUACCAAAAAAUCAUCUGGCAACCCAUGUGCUCAGAUUUCAGGUUAACGCAAAAACCUCAGGAUGUGAUGGGACACAUAUGAUUUUUGUUAACUGGAGUGGGAAUCAAGAUAUGGAAAAACAUGAUGUAUUAACAGCAGCAUAUUAAGACUGUCAGAGCUUAGACAAAAAGAAUAAAAUAAAACGACUUCUGAAAUCAAA